AUAAAUCGGGAUCGAAAUGCGAAAAUGUUACAUUCAACGCGGGAAAGAUGGCUGAUCAAGAAAUGGAAAUUGACGAAACCCCAGUUGCAACAAAGUCCAGUGGUAAUCCUCACCACGAACAACCAUGGGUUGAAAAGUACAGGCCUGUGAAACUUCAUGAUAUAGUUGGAAACGAAGAAACUAUUAGCCGUCUUGAGGUCUUUGGACGAGAUGGAAAUGUCCCUAAUGUUAUAAUUGCAGGUCCACCAGGUACUGGUAAAACCACCAGUAUACUGUGUUUAGCCAGAGCUAUGCUUGGUCCCUCCUAUAGAGACGCUGUCCUUGAAAUGAAUGCAUCUAAUGACAGAGGUAUAGAUGUUGUAAGGAACAAAAUUAAAAUGUUUGCACAACAAAAAGUUACUCUGCCAAAAGGAAGACAUAAGAUUAUAAUUCUAGAUGAAGCAGACAGUAUGACAGAUGGAGCUCAGCAAGCCCUGAGAAGAACAAUGGAAAUCUACUCCAAAACUACAAGGUUCGCCUUGGCCUGCAAUGCAUCAGACAAAAUAAUUGAACCUAUCCAGUCUCGGUGUGCCGUCCUGCGAUAUUCUAAGCUGACUGACGCCCAGGUUUUGAAGCGGUUACUGGAGGUGUGUGAGGCGGAGGCGGUCAGCUACACAGAUGACGGUCUAGAGGCCAUUGUGUUCACAGCCCAAGGAGACAUGCGACAGGCUCUAAACAACUUGCAGUCCACAUUUCAAGGUUUUGGUCAUGUCAACAGUGAAAAUGUCUUCAAGGUUUGUGAUGAGCCUCAUCCAAUGCUUAUUCAAGACAUGCUACAGCACUGCGUGAAUGGCAAUGUGGAGGAAGCUUACAAAACCAUGGCCCACCUCUGGAAGCUAGGCUAUUCAGCGGAUGACAUCAUCACUAUUAUCUUUAGGGUGUGCAAGAAUCAAAAUAUCCCAGAAUUCCUCAAACUGGAAUUCAUCAAGGAAAUAGGAUAUACUCACAUGAGAAUUGCUGAAGGGGUUCAAUCAUUAUUGCAAAUGUCAGCAUUGCUGGCGAGACUAUGUAAAAAAUCGGCAGUGCCAGGUAUCAAAGGAUAACCAGUUCCAGUGUGUGUCUUUAUUUAUCAAAGACGGUGAUAUCAUAUGUAUUAAUAUAAUUAUGCAAUAAAAACUGAACAAUAUA